UACCCAGAAAUUACCUUUUUCUUAACUGACCGAUUAAAUGUCUUUAUAAACCAAGAAGGUUUUUUGGGAGCAGCUACUUAGUAAAAUGAACUUCAGUAUGUUACUAAUCCUUAUUCUGGCAUUUGCAUCUGCAAAACCCGAGAUGAAAGGAUUUAUAGUGGGAGGGCAAGAGGUGUCCAUAAACCGUUGGCCUUUCAUAACUUUCAUACAAACAACCAGUAGCCAUAUGAUGGUUGCGGUGUGCGGGGGGUCUCUUCUUAGCUCCCAGACUGUUUUGACAGCUGCCCACUGUUUGGACGAUGUCACGGACAACAAAGGGGAAAUGAACGAAUAUAGCUUCACAAUAUAUAUGGGUCACUCCUCAUACAACAGAGCCUCCAUGGCUCGCAGAGUAAUAGACUACGAGACCCCAAGAGAAUACGACCCUAACAACGAAGACGUGAUAGCAGACUUAGGCGUCAUGUUCCUCCAUACUCCGGUCAAGUUUCUGCCCAACGUGAAGAAGGUUAUACUGUUUAAUCGAAGGUUCAGUCUAAUGAGGGAUAGGCGUUUGGUGGUGGCCGGUUGGGGUAAGACCGGUCCCUCUAUGAAUAGCCCAACAAGUCUCAAACUUAAGGCCGCAAAACUGGAAGCUAUAUCUGCCAAAGAUUGCAGUCGCCAGAUCUCAUUUAUAAAUGUCAAAUCGGUGGUGUGUACUGCGCCAUCCAAGGAAUAUGCUUACAGUGGCGACUCCGGCGGGCCAUUGGUGAAACGUGCUAGCCACUACCAGCUGGGCAUAGUGUCCUUCCGACACGAGGACAGCGGGGUCACAGUAUUCACCAGCGUGCCCGAUUACUUCGACUGGAUAAACGAAACGCAGCUCGCGCUUUACCAGACACAUUGCAAGAAAUAAAAAAUAAAAAGUU